GCCAGGUGGGGACGGACUCAGGUCGCUAGGACAAGGAGCUCCUUUCAUUUCCCUGGUCUAGGGGUGCGUCCGUGGUCUUUCCUGUUUGUCCUCAAUCUCCGUGUGAGCUCUACCUUGGACAAGACACUACUGAAUCUUUAAAAGAUGCCACUACCACCACCACCCCAAAGCUCCAAACCCAAGACUAAGAAAUCUCCAUCCAGCGAAAUUGUGCCCAGUGAUCAUAACCAACAUGAAAAGAGGGGGGAGAAUUACCAAGCAAAUAUAUCUCCAUCUUCACUUCAGGAAGCACUCAAAAAGAGAUUAGCUUUUGAAGAUCUCACCAAUGCUGUUAAAAGUAAACCUGAUCAGCCCGAGAAGGAAGCCAAUACGGAGUUUCUAAAACCUGUUUUCAGGAAGAUAAACAGGAACACAUAUGUUAUAGAGUUGGACAAAAACACUGAGAUGGCUCUAGAAGGGUAUAAACCGGAAUCCUCACCAGUAGUAGCCUCUACCACCUUGGCUCCAAACAUUGUGGAGAAACCACGUACUCUGGAGAUACCCACCAUCUCUAAAACACCCACUACCGAGGAGGCAUCUCUCAUGAAAAAACCAAUAAUUUUAGAAGAGGAACCCCCUACUACAGAGACAAUCUCCAUCAAGAAGUCAUUAAAGAAGUACACAUAUCAUAAAAAGGUACCCCAAUUGGAGAAGCCACUAACCUUGCUGGAAGAGACUGAUGAAGAUACUCAGUUUGUUGUAGAACCAAUGACUUUUAGGGUAAAACAUAACAGUGAGGUCAACAGCAAGAGGACAUUAUCCUUAAAGAGGAAGUUAAGCACACAUCAGGGGAAUCAAUCCUGCCAGGAGGAGGAGUUAGCCUUGCAGGACACUGAUGUUGAAGAGGAUUACUUUUUUCUGGAGCCAGUGAAUUUUAGGAAGAAGCCUAAAACUGAGGCAUCAAACCUUACCAGGAAGCCAUUAAUAUUAAAAACCAAAUAUCCCACUGAGGGGAUGGUGUCCAGCAUGAGGAAGCAACCAAUAUUGCAGAAGACCAUCUCUGGAAAGAAGUCACUCACUGCAAAGCCAUUGUCCUUUAAAAAGAAGACUACCACUGAGGAGAAAUCUUUCAUCCAGGAGCCAUCUAUGUUGCAAAAGAAGUGCACCACUCAGGGAGACGUAGACAUCUUGAAGAAGCCAUGGGCAUUGCAGGGGAUGUCAGAGAAGCACACCACUCAGGAGAAGGUGUCCACCUUGAAGAAGCCCUUGGCCUUGCAAAAGUCUCCUACUGAGAAGGAGUCACUUUCUAAGGAGGCUUUGGCUUUUAAGAAGAAGCGUACCAUUGAGGAGGCAACCCUCACUAAUGAGGCUUUACCUUUAAAUAAGAAGCACACUACUCAAGGGAAGAUGUCCUGCUUGAAGCAGCCAGUAGCAUUGCAGAAAACUACCUCUGGAGAAAAGUCACUUAUUAAGGAGCCAUCGGAAGAAAAAGUGUCUCUAAAGAAGGAAAAAUGUACCACUCAGGUGAAGUAUUUCUGGGAAGAGCUGUUUGACACUUCAGAUGAGGAUGAAGAAGAUGAGAAUUCCUUCCUUAUGGAGCCAGUGCCAUUUAAAGAGAAUCCUAAAACUGAGGAGGUAUUCAUCACCAAGAAAUCAUUGUUUUUAAAGAAGACAAUGACUCAGGAGCAGAUAUCAUUCUCAAAGAAGCCACUGGUCUUGCAGAAGACCACCUCUGAAGAAGAGUCAUUCUGUAAGAAACUGUUGCCUUUUAAGAAGAAAUCUACAACUGAAGAAGAGUUCCUUUUCCAGGAGCCAUCUACAUUGCAAGAGAAGCAUACCACUGAGCAGGAGGCAUCCCUCUCAAAAGAGUCAUUGGCUUUACAGGAGUCUACCACUGAAAAAGAAUCAUAUAUUAAGGAACUAUUGCCCUUGAAAGAGAAGCCUACCACUGAGGAGGAAUCCCUCUUUCAGGAGCAAUUUUCAUCUCAUGAUAAGCCUACCAACAAAGAUGAGUCUUUCUUCCAGAAGACUUUGGUCUUGCAAGAGAAGACUUAUACCAAAGAAGACUCCUUGAAGAAGCUGUUGGUCUUGCAGGAGAAAAGCAUUAUUGAAGAGGAGUCCCUUCUCAAGAAGCCCUUGGUUAUGAAGAAGGACCCCUCCUCUGAGGCAGCAAUAAGCACAAAGAAGAAAUCAUCUUUAAAGAAGAAACCCACUGUCCAGGGGGAGGUAGUCCUCUUGAAGAAGCAGUUGGCCUUGCAUGAGAACAUCACCAAUGAUGAGGAGUCCCUUAUUAACCAGCCACUGGCCUUGGAGAAGUAUCCCAUCAUUAACAAGGAGGCUUCCUUCAAGGAGCCCUUCACUAUGCAGGAGAAGCCCAGCAUUGAGGAGGAGGCUAUCCUCAAGGAGCCCACCACUGACACACAGGCUCACUUCAAGGAGCCCUUGGCCUUGCAGGAGAAGGCCAGCAUUGAGAAAGAGACCUUACUUAAGGAACCCUUGCCCCUACAGAAGAAGCCCGGAGUUGAGAAAGAGGCCAUCAUGAGAGAGGUGUUAGCUUUGCAGGAGAAGCUCAACACUGUGAAGGAAGCCCUCCUCAAGGAGUCAUUCAUCUUGCAGCAGAAGCCUGCCAUCCCUGAAGCAUUCCUCUUCCCGGAGGUAUUAGCUGUGAAUGAGAAACCUACCACUGAGGAGUUGUCCUCCAAAGAGCCAUUGGCCUUGGAUGAGAAUCCCACUCACAAGGAAGACACCUCUCUCAAAACAUUGAUCUCCCAAGUUGAGACCAGACCACAUGUGUCUAUCACUGCCCCUGAAUCCAGAACAGGCAAGUCCAGCGUAGUCAAGUCCAGUGCCACCAGAAAGUCCAGUGCAUGUGAAUCUGGUUCCAAUAAACUUUUCUCAUCAGAGGGCAAGAGAACACCAAAAGAGCCGAUGACCCACCUAGUGGAAGAUGUUGACAAGGACAAUGAUCCAUUAUUCAACACACCAUAUGCCAAGGAUAUCUUCAGUUACAUGAAGGAGAGAGAGGAAAAGUUCAUACUUACAAAAUACAUGAACAGGCAGACUGAAAUCAACAGUGACAUGAGGGCCAUUCUUGUGGACUGGUUGGUGGACAUGCAGAUGUCCUUUCAGAUGAAUCACGAGACCCUGUACUUGGCAGUGAAGCUGGUGGAUCACUACCUAAUGGAGGUAGAAUGCAAGAAGUAUAAGUUACAACUCCUUGGUUGUACUGCUUUUCUGAUUGCCGCAAAAUUCGAGGAGCUCUACCCACCUAGUGUGGAUGAAUUAAUGUACAGCUGCGCUAAUAUUUAUUGUCGACAUGAGAUCCACGCCAUGGAAAUCAGCAUCCUGAAAGCCCUCAAGUUUGACAUCAACAUUCCUGUCGCAUAUCAUUUUCUGCGCAGAUACGCAUCGUGUAUCCGUUGCAGUGUCAAGACAGUGAUGUUGUCCCACUUCAUCUGUGAGUUGACCCUGCAGGAAUACGACUAUAUCCAAGAGAGGGCUUCCAAGCUAGCCGCUGGCUCCUACCUCCUUGCCCUCUACAUACAGAAGCUCCAAUGUCUGAUUCCUGCCCUGGAGUGUUACAGUGGCUACAAGGCCUCUGAGCUUCACCCAUUGGUCAGGCGGCUGAACAUGAUGCUGACUACGUGUUCUCGUGGUAGGCUCAAGACUGUGUAUUCCAAGUAUUCUCGCCGGGCCUUCCGUAAAGUUGCCAAAAUACCCCCUGUGAAAAUAUGGAAGCUGGAUUUGAUACUGAACUGCUAAUUAUGAGACUGAGGACCUGGCAUUCUGGCAGCAGUCACAGGGCCAGGCACCAUGUUAAUAGGCUAUAUUUAUUCUGUGCUUGAAUUUGUCUUUUGGUCACUUUUCUUCUUUUCCUACUUUGUUUGUCUUUUCCCAAACUGAUAAUGUUGUAAAUAUUUAAGUUGUUUUUUUAAUGAAA